AAAUUAAAGUCCGAGCGCUGCUCCGCCAUGGCAUGGCGCGGCCACGGCGUGGGGACGCUGGGUUUGUGCGGCCUGCGGCCAUCGGGGCCUUGUCUGCCCUGGUGGUGGUCGUCUUCCUGCAAUCCACCCACCAGGAGUCCUUCCUUCAACGGCUCCAGCCAGCACAUUCGUUCACGGCGGAGCGCUCUCCUGUAGCGGCGCCUGCAGUCGCCCACAGGCCAGCGCCUGUGGCAGCGCCUGGGGCGGCGCCUGUGGCGGCGCCCUCUGCGCCAAAGGCGUUUGCGGAGGUCAAAGAUACUUCCGCAUCUGAUGAAGAGCGUCAAAUGGUCGAGGUGGUGAAGAAGCAUGCUGGGGUUUACCUGGAUAAGCAGGCACAUCCCGAGUUUGCCAAUGUGGUGCUGGUGACGGCCGCAAACUAUGCAUACUUCUCCAUUUACAACAACUGGCGGUGCAAUGCCGAAAGGCACGGGCUGGAUUGGGCAGUUGUCGCCAACGACGAGGACGCCUUCAAGCAUUUGGGGGACCGGGGCAUACUGGCAAUGGGAGAGAAGGUGAGCGGCAUGAAUGGAUGGGGCAGCGCCAAGUUGGAUAGUGUCGGACGGAACAAGAUGUUCAUGGUGUUGACCAUCAUGCGCCUCGCGGGCCUGGGGGUGGUCUUUACAGAUGCGGACAACAUGUUCCGCGGGGACCCCUUUGCGAAAGGCGUUCACCUGGGAGAUCUCAUCCGAAGCAGCAAGUACGACUAUGUCUACCAAGAGGAGCUUGCAAAGGCUCCCAACAAGGACCAUGUUGUCCCUGGCGACGGCGGCAACACUGGCUUCUUUUAUGCAACCGCGCGGCGCAACCAGAAGAUGGUGUCCUUCUUUUCCGAUGUAGUCGCAGAGGUUGAUCGCCAGCGCGAGGAGUCUUUCCGCCGCUCUGGGGAGCGUCUGGGGGCGGACCAGCCAAUCUUUUGGCAGGUCAUGCAAAAGCUCCGGUCCAGCAGUGGCAAAGACGGGCCGGGCGGCUUUAAGUGCGUGAGGUUGUGCAAGCACAACCCCACCUGCAAGGCGCCGAGAGAGGACACUAUGGACUACUGCUCCCUGGACCCCUUCCAGCAUCCCACUGGCUGGGAGGAGCCCCCGAAGGCUCUUGUGACCUACCACGCCAACUAUGCCGCUAAUGAAGAGAAGAUUGGCAAGCUAAAGAAGGCUGGCGUGUGGGAUGCUUGGUCCGAGGAGAAGAAGAGUUGUCUUGUGCGGGAUCCACUCGCAGAGCUCCAGCCAGACAAGGAGGAGGAGCGUCGGAUGGUGGAGGUGGUGAAGAAGCGUGCGGGGGUGUACCUGGAUAAGCAGGCGCAUCCCGAGUUUGCCAACGUGGUGCUGGUGACGGCCGCAAACCAUGCAUACUUCUCCAUCUACAACAACUGGCGGUGCAAUGCCGAAAGGUAUGGGCUAGAUUGGGCAGUUGUCGCCAACGACGAGGAUGCCUUCAAGCAUCUGGGCGACCGGGGUAUGCUGGCCAUGGGAGAGAAGGUGAGCGGCAUGAAUGGAUGGGGCAGCGCCAAGUUGGAUAGUGUCGGACGGAACAAGAUGUUCAUGGUGCUGACUAUGAUGCGCUCUGCGGGCCUGGGUGUGGUCUUCACAGAUGCGGACAACAUGUUCCACAAAGACCCCUUUGCGCCAGGCGCUCAUUUGGGCGAUCUGAUCAGAAGCAGCAGAUACGACUAUGUCUACCAAGAGGAGCUCUCGCAAGCUCCCAACAAGGACCAUGUCGUUCCUGGCGAUGGGGGGAAUACUGGCUUCUUCUACGCGACUGCGCAGCGCAAUCCAAAGAUGAUCUCCUUAUUCGCCGACGUCGUCUUAGAGGUUGAUCGCCAACGUGAAGAUGCAUUCCGCCGCUACGGGGAGCGCCUCGGGGCGGAUCAGCCCAUCUUCUGGCAGGUGAUGCAGAAGCUUCGGAGCACAGGCGGCAAGGCAGGCCCCGGGACCUUCAAAUGCGCUCAGCUCUGCCAGCAGCGAGCCACCUGCGAAGCGCCGGAGGGGGACACCAUGCAGUACUGCUCCAUGGACCCCUUCCAGCACCCCACCGGCUGGGAGUCGCCCCCCAAGGAUCUAGUGACCUAUCACGCCAACUACGCCGCCAACGAGGCGAAGAUCGGCAAGCUGGAAAAGGCUGGUGUUUGGGGCGCGUGGUCUGAGAAGGCGCAGCGCUGCAUUGGAAGCGCGAAGUUGGAAUUGCAGUCAGAUGCCUCUUCGCCGGGUGCAGCUGUCUCUUCGGGUGAUGCACCGGAUGUGGGACCAGCGCUGCGAUGCCUACGUCAGACCACGCCUCAGCUGGACCUCGCCUACCCCCCAGACGCGGAGGCACACUUCCAGGAGGUGCGCCAGGCAUUGAGCCCUUGGUUCGACUAUGCGGCCAACAAGUUCAUGAAGGACAUGAAGAACCCCUACCAUUGCGCCCUGCUCUGA